CUUGCCUUUAAUACCGGUGUUUACAUAAACUCGCGCAGUCUCUCCGCCGCACUGCCGGAGCGCGCGCGUCAGAGGUCGCAGUCGCACGAAGUUUGCCCUUUGGAUUUAUAAUGCCGGAGUAUAGUGGAGCAAAUGGAGCGCAGGCGGCGGAUCUCGUCCGGCGAAACGCCGUGCCCGUUUUGUACCUCCAGGGCUCUCACUACGAAAUUGGCUAUGACCAGGGGCGUACCUUCGCAUCGGUUAUCCAAGCGUUCGUGAAGCGACACUUCGAAAUGCUGCCGUUCGAAGAAGAAUACGCCACUGAAAAGGGCCGCGCUGCCUACGAAAAGACACUCGCCAAUAUGAGGCAGCGGUACCCGUGGUACGUGAAGGAGAUUCAGGGGAUCGCGGAUGGGUCCCAAGUGCCAUUUUACAAGAUAUUCCUUCUCCACUGCGACGACAUUGUGCUAACGGCCAACGACGAGCACGCGCCUCGGCCAGACCACGGCGGCUGCACGUCCAUCGGAAUCAACACUGAUGACUACACGGUUCUGGGACACAAUGAAGACGCAUUCUCGUCCACACUCAACCACUGGUACAUAGUGUCAGCGCACGUCACACCCACUGAAGAGGACAGGAAACAUGGGGCAGUAGACGAGCGGUAUUCGUCCCUAUGCUACGCAGGCAACAUGCCAGGUUACACUAUGGGCUUCAAUGAACACGGCUUGGUAUUCUCAAUCAACACACUCAGCCCGCUGCGACUGAAGCCUGGAGGCACACCACGCGUGUUCAUCACACGAGCGUUGCUGACGGCCAGAAACUUCGCUGAAGCCGAGAAGAUCAUGCGGGAUGAUGGACUUGGAGCUGGCAACGGUUUCAACAUCAACAUGAUUUGGUCGGAACCCUGGGGCGCACGACGCCUCUACAACGCCGAGGUGGCUCCGGACCUAAACAACAGAUACUCCUCCGUCAGCGUUCGCAAGUACGAGAGGGAUUCCCUCGCACACACUAACAUUUACCAAAACUUGAACGUGACCGAAGUAGUAGGCAUGAUAGUGGACAGCAGUAUGGCCCGGCUCUGCGCCAUACAAAAACACGCGCCGCCACAGACUAGGAAAGACGUGGCGGAUAUCCUGUCUGACGCUGAAGGGAAGACCUUCUCAGUGUGGCAGAACAGACCCGAAGCCGUCGUCAAGACUAUAGCUACUGGUAUCUUCGACCUUGAAAAGCGGACGUGGAGCAUGUACAUCGGCAAAGCUAACGAGUCGGAGCCGGUCGCCGUGCUGCCCAUCCGGUUCACCCGGCUCAGCGAAGUCAACUGAACCGGACCGGACACGGACGGGACGCGGACC